ACAAUUAUGUAAUCAAAUUUCUAUUUAAGACACAUGGUUGCAUACACUCAUCAUAUCAACCCUUCUUCUUCUUUUUUAUAUUUCUUUUCAAAAAUGGUUCUAACUGGCAAAAUCAUUACAGAACUUGGCAUCAAAACACCUGCUGACAAGUUCUUCAAACUGUUUGCAACAGAACUUCACGAAGUGCAAAAUCAUUGUGAAGGAAUUCAUCAUACGAAGCUGCAUGAAGGUGAAGACUGGCAUCAUUUCGAUACGGUUAAACACUGGACAUAUGUCAUAGAUGGUGAGGUACACACAUGUCACGAGAGUUUUGAAGAAGUUGAUGAACAAAAUAAAAAAAUAACCUGGAAGUUCUUUGGUGGGGAUAUUGAGAAGCAAUAUAAGGUCUUUAAGCUCAUCCUUGAAGCAAAUGAUAAGGCUGAUGGCACUGCUGUUGCUAAAUGGACCGUUGAAUAUGAGAAAAUAAGUGAGGAUAUCAAUCCUCCAAAUAGUUACAUGGACUUGAUUUUCAAAAAUACUCGAGAUAUUGAUGCUAAUCUUGUCAAGGAAAGUGUAGCUCUAUAAAACAAAAAGAAAAAAGGAUGUCAGUUCAAGUGGUUUGAUUAAGUAUUUAUCUUUAUAAUAAGUUAGUGUGAUGUUUCUAAUAUUUGCAUAUUGUUGCAUGUGAAAUUGACUUCUGUUGUGCCUCAUGUUUUAAUGCAAUUGUUAGCGCAACUGAAAUAUGAAAUUGACAACACCCUAUAGGCCCCCCCAAAAGAACUUUUUGUUGUUCUUUCGUAUAUAAAAUUUCGAUUUAAGAGCGUGUCUUAAAUUAUGUGAUGCAAAUGUUGGAUUUUGUGGUUGUUGAGAAUAUAUAACAACACUAAAUAAAGAAGGUGUUGAUGAAUA